CCAACCUGGAACUCAUCAGCAUCACGCUCAUCAAUCUCCUGCUACCUUACGUCCCCCCGGCCCUACGCAGUACCAUGGAGAACGGAAACCCCGCACAAGGGGAGGGCAAGGACCCCUCCAGCUUCCUCAGCGAAAUCAUCGGAAAUCCCGUAACCGUCAAGCUCAACUCCGGGGUCAUCUACAAGGGUACAUACAGUUCACUCUCCCUCUCAUCAGGCAUCACAAUGCUGUCUCAGGUCGCAUCUUACAAGACUGACAACAUAACUACAAUGACAGGCGAGCUGCAGUCGGUGGAUGGCUACAUGAACAUUGCGCUCGAGAAGACAGAGGAGUACGUCAACGGAACGAAGAGGAGAUCCUAUGGUGAUGCCUUCGUCCGAGGCAACAAUGUCAUGUACAUCAGCGCCGACUCUUAGCCUGGAUAUCAAGGGGUCGAGCCUUAGUGUUUGAAUGAGGAAGAGACAUCUUCUUACUCUGAAGAGUCGUCUUACUUGAGAGCAGAUGAUAAACGGGAGUCCGAGUCGUACUUUUACAGUCUACCGCGAAAAUAGAUGAUACCCGCCACGUUCCACCGGGCCCUUUUCUUGUCACCCGCUUU